CCUUGAUCCCUUCACUUCCACUCUUUACCUUCAAGUCCUAUUCUCACUGCGGCCCUCAGGCCAGCUUUUCAGCCCGCGAAUGGCAAACCUGCGCCUCGGUCUCUCAUCCCUUCAUCCAACUGGUCUACUCCUUGGCGCAUUCUGUAUCCUAUAUCUACUCUCGGUCGGCUAUUACCGGUCAACCAGCUACCGCGAUCCCACAUCCUACUUCGUCGACCCCAAUCGCGCCUACGAAAAGCAAUAUUCCGCGCACCGAAUCCAAGAAGCAAAGGACUUUCUAAGCCAUGCUGGCGAUCUUCCCUCUCCAAGGCCGCCUAGUCCCGAGCCAACGCUGUGCGUGGGGAUAGUGACAGUCCGUCGAAGAAGAGAACAAUAUGUCGGAUUAACUGUCGCCUCGCUUCUCGAGGGUCUUACGGAUUCAGAACGAAGCACUAUCUUCCUUGAUCUGCUCAUCGCACAUACAGAUCCUUCUUCUCACCCUAUCUUCUCGGAAAAGUGGGUGGAGACACUACCCGACCGCAUCUUACUCUAUGUGCAAGAUGAUCCUGAUUUCGAGCAAAUCCGCGAAUGGGAAGAAGGAGGGUGGUAUCGGAAUAAGACAAUCUAUGAUUUUACACAUCUCAUGAGGGAUUGUUACGAUACUGGCGCCGAGUAUAUUGCUAUGAUCGAGGAUGAUACCCUAGCUGCAAAGGGCUGGCUUGCAUCGACGGUACAGGCGCUGGAGGUGGUUGAACAGCGGGCUAACGCAGGUCGAGACUGGGUUUAUCUGCGUCUAUUCUAUGUGGAUGACCUGCUUGGGUGGAACUCGGAGGAGUGGCCGAGAUACUUCGCCUUAGCUUUCCUGUUCUGGGCUGCGUUAACGGGAAUCAUGGUAUCGGUAAAGAGAAGAGUCAAGUCGAUCCCUGCUAGUACCAUCUGGAUUACAUCCUGUGUGUUUAUUCCCGCGGUCAUCGCGCUUCACUUCCUCGCUGGACGACAGACAAUGUGGCCCAUUCGGCCCGGUGUUCACGAGAUGAAUCGAUACGGGUGCUGCUCGCAGGGCCUUAUCUUUCCACGGGCGAUUGUACCCUCCUUUCUGGAUCAAACUGAUCUGACGACCGAUUGGCUGGUGGAUAUGAUGAUCGAGAAGAUUGCCGAUCAACAGGAAUGGACGCGUUGGGUGGUCGUCCCGCCACUUUUGCAACAUAUAGGUGCCACCAGCUCGAAAGGCCAUGGAUUUGAUAAUUCGGCCAAGACAAUUUGGAAUUUUAGAUAUGAAGAGUAUCCAUAUUAAUGUACAUGACAUUGUGAUAGUUUCUCUGUGCGUACAUCCUUUGCAUGAGCUGAAGCCCGACACUC